UCAAGCAAACUGAAAAUGACAUAUUAACUCCCAAGGUAUAUUCUUUCUGAGUUACUAAACUAACCAACCAACCAUUUGAAGUUCCCAAACCUUAGGAGCUUCUUAGUUUCUACCUUGUCCCAAAAAUUGCUCCCAAUUUCUUGUGUUAAUUCUACAUUUUGGGUCUCUUGUUAGAACUUAUAAUAAAAGAUAACAAUAAUAAUAAUGUAUACCAAAACUUAGGAAGUUCCACCCAACAAUGCUAUAACAAUCACCCUCCUUCAAUGUUUUACAAUUUCCCUUCAGUUCCAUCAGGAGCGACAGAGACACCAAACCAACAAUGGCUCUUGAUGGUGACGGGGGCAGCUUCUUCUCUGCGGACUUCACCUCCACUGGAAAGGAGGAUGAGGAUACCGUAGGUGACGGUGGAGCCACCCAUUGGCUCUCCUUGUUGGAUGAUACUACUGCAGCAAGCAGAUGGGUCAUUUCCUUCUCCGACGAAUUCAGACACAAGAGACUUAAAAUUGAACCCGAAUCAAUCCCAGUUGAAGAUGGUAGUGGAAACAGUAGCAACAAUAGAAGUAGCCUCAGCCUCAGCCGUAGCAGCAGCUCUGAUAGCUUGAGUACUGGCUUCCGAGCUCACAUCUGGACUUACAAUCAGCGCUAUUUGGCGGCAGAGGCCGUUGAGGAAGCCGCUGCUGCUAUCAUUAAUGCGGAGGAAAGUGCAGCGGAGGAGGAUGCUAGUGCUGAUGGAAUGAGGCUUUUACACCUUCUUGUUGCCUGUGCUGAGGCUGUGGCUUGCCGUGAUAGGUCUUAUGCUUCAAUUCUUCUAUCUGAGCUUCGAGCCAAUGCUUUGGUAUUUGGGUCUUCCUUCCAACGAGUGGCUUCAUGUUUUGUCCAGGGCUUGGCCGACCGCCUCGCUUUGGUUCAGCCACUUGGCUACGUUGGCUUUGGUCUGCCCAUCAUGACGAGAGUGGAUCAUUCCUUUGAUAGGAAGAAAAAGGAUGAAGCUCUAAAUCUUGCCUAUGAGAUUUACCCACAUAUCCAAUUUGGGCAUUUUGUGGCCAAUUCAUCAAUAUUGGAAGUCUUUGAGGGAGAGAAUUCUGUCCAUGUGUUGGAUUUGGGAAUGGCGUUUGGUUUGCCAUACGGCCAUCAAUGGCACAGCCUUAUCAAGAGCCUCGCCGAGUCUCCGAAUCGGCGGCUGCUUCGAGUAACUGGCAUUGGUCUCUCUAUAAACAGAUACAGAGUGAUGGGGGAGAAGUUGAAAUCUCACGCAGAAGGGGUUGGGGUUCAAGUGGAGGUUUUAGCUGUAGAGGGAAAUUUAGAAAAUCUCCGACCCCAAGACAUAAAAAUUCACGAUGGUGAAGCUUUGGUCAUCACCAGCAUUUUUCAGAUGCAUUGUGUGGUUAAAGAAAGCAGAGGAGCUUUAACCUCUGUACUUCGCAUGAUUUAUGACCUUUCACCCAAGGCUCUUGUUCUGGUGGAGCAAGAUUCAAAUCACAAUGGACCCUUUUUCUUAGGGAGAUUUAUGGAAGCUCUUCACUAUUAUUCUGCCAUAUUUGAUUCAUUGGAUGCCAUGUUGCCCAAAUAUGACACCAGAAGAGCAAAGAUCGAGCAAUUCUAUUUUGCUGAGGAGAUAAAGAACAUAGUGAGCUGCGAGGGGAUGGCGAGGGUUGAGAGGCAUGAGAGAGUAGACCAAUGGCGGAGGAGGAUGAGUAGGGCAGGGUUUCAAGCUUCACCCAUUAAAGUAAUGGCUCAGGCAAAGCAAUGGAUUGGGAAGUUUAAGUCUAAUGAAGGCUAUACUAUUGUGGAAGAAAAAGGGUGUUUGGUUCUUGGUUGGAAAUCCAAGCCCAUUGUUGCAGCCUCCUGCUGGAAAUGCUAAAAAACUAUAAUAAGUUUGUUGUCCAAUUAGUUCUCAAA